CCCGGGUGGUGGUGGUGGCCAAAACCACCUGGUAUGAGUUCGAGCAGCAGCGGUACCGCUACGCGGAGCUCUCGGAGGAGGACCUGAAGCAGCUGCUUGCAUUGAAAGGCUCUAGCUACAGUGGACUACUUGAACGACAUCACAUUCACACCAAAAACGUAGAGCAUAUUAUAGAUAGUUUACGGAAUGAGGGAAUUGAGGUUCGUCUAGUAAAGAGGAGAGAAUAUGAUGAAGAAACUGUUCGAUGGGCAGAUGCCGUCAUAGCUGCAGGAGGUGAUGGCACAAUGCUUCUGGCAGCAAGUAAAGUCUUAGACAGACUGAAGCCAGUUAUUGGGGUAAACACGGAUCCAGAACGGUCUGAGGGUCACUUAUGUCUGCCUGUUCGAUACACACAUUCCUUCCCAGAAGCCUUACAGAAGUUCUAUCGUGGUGAGUUCAGGUGGUUAUGGAGGCAACGAAUCAGGUUAUACCUUGAAGGGACUGGCAUAAAUCCUGUUCCUGUGGACCUUCAUGAACAGCAGCUCAGUUUGAAUCAACAUAGUAGAGCAUUUAACAUUGAAAGAGUUCAAGAUGAAAGGUCUCAGGCUUCAGGACCUCAGCUUUUGCCUGUGAGAGCACUAAAUGAAGUCUUCAUUGGGGAGAGUCUGUCAUCCAGAAUGUCUUAUUGUUGGGCUGUAGCAGUGGACAGUUUAAGAAGAAGUAUACCCACUCUAAAGGGACUGGCUUCCUACUAUGAGAUUUCAGUAGAUGAUGGUCCAUGGGAAAAACAGAAGAGUUCUGGGCUCAAUUUGUGUACGGGGACAGGAUCAAAGGCCUGGUCAUUCAAUAUUAAUAGGGUUGCAACUCAGGCUGUGGAAGAUGUUUUAAAUAUUGCAAAGCGACAAGGAAAUUUGAGUCUUCCAUUGAACAGAGAAUUGGUAGAGAAAGUAACAAAUGAAUAUAAUGAAUCACUGCUCUAUAGUCCAGAAGAACCAAAAAUACUUUUCAGUAUUCGAGAACCAAUAGCAAACAGAGUUUUCUCAAGCAGUCGUCAGCGUUGUUUCUCUUCAAAGGUUUGUGUUCGUUCUCGUUGUUGGGACGCCUGUAUGGUUGUGGAUGGAGGAACUUCUUUUGAGUUUAAUGAUGGAGCAAUUGCUUCGAUGAUGAUCAAUAAAGAAGAUGAGCUUCGAACUGUACUUCUAGAACAGUGAAGGAUUCCCGCAGAUGACAAAUUUCAAUUACUAAAAAAAUAGUUUGUUCUGCAGAAACAGACCUCCAGGCAUUCAGCUACACUUUUUGGUUACUGUUGAGACUGGCUGCCCUGGGUUCGAAGGCGACAGAGAGAUUUGCAUUAUCCUUCUGUUGGAUUCUGAUAGAAAAGAGAUGUAAAAUAGAUGGGCUGAACUGAGUAGAAUUGAUACCAGCGAAAUUUUCAUACUGCUCACAGUAACCAAGAAUGCUGAGAUCUUUUUAAGUUUAGAGAGGCAGGUUUAAAUAAAGGAUUAACUGUUUAGGAUUUGGAAUUUAACUGUACAAGUGUUUUUUCCUUCCCUUUCCUUCUAACUUUAUGGAAUUGGUCAGACCAAACACAUUAUUUGAUUAAUGCAUAUUUUUUAUAGUAUCUAAAAAUCAAGAUUUAAAAAAAUUUUUGAUGAUGGAGACUUUUGAUAAAUCCUGACAUUAACCUAAUUGAAAUAGGUAAAUGUGUUUUUAUAUGUGCUAAGAAUUUUCUAAUUUCAAAACACAAUGUUAUUUGCCUCUUUAUUAAUUUAAAAGUUUCAAAUAAUCAUUUUUGAAAUUAUUUAUAGGUGAAUGUUUUCAUUUGACUUUUACUCUGGUUAAUUUCAACAACUGGGUGAAAUACAUAUAUUGGUACAAAAUCAUGAUACUGUUACAGAUUUAUUAGUUAUCCUGUGGCUUGUACAUCAGACAUUUAAAAAAAGUGACUUGAGUCUAACAGAAGUCUUCCAUCUUUAAAACUUUCUAACAUGGGUUCAUAGAAUAAAAGGAUACACUAAUAAGAUGUGUUCUGCUAGGAGUUUGGUAGAAUCUUUAAAAAAAUGUUUUCAUCUACUGUUAGGAACAUUGUCAGAAAGAAUGAAUUCUUCAGUAAAUAUGUAAAACAGUAGUUUUGCAGUUUUCACUUGGCUUCUAUUCCAAGUUUUACAUAAUAGGUUUGUAGGAUAAUUUGCUAUUGCUUUUUUUUUUUCACCAUUAUGAGAAUUCCUUUAUUUUUGGAGGAAUUAUUUUGAUCUAAUUCUGAUCUGCUUAUAAUAAGUAAUCCUAGAAUUUUCACAAAAAGCUCCUACUGCUGCAUAAUGAAGUAUUUGGUAUUUUCAUGCCAUUUAUUCAAAGUCAUGUUUUUUGUUUUUUGUUUUUUUUUUCACUUGCCAGUGAAAAUUUUUGUUCAGUAGCUGACAAAUACUUACUGAACACCCACUCUGUGCCAUGUAUUACCAUGUCAGGUGCUGGAUAUUUGUUGAAUGAAACAGACUCUGUUCUUAAAGAAUUUGAACCUGGUGAGAUCAGAAGUAAAUUCUGAAAGCUAGGACUUAUAGUGAGAUCGAGUGCUCUUGCCAACCCUUAACAUGUUGCUUUUAUAUUAUUUUUAUAAACAUUAGUGUAUAAAAGUUAUCUGCAUUUUGUUGUAUAUCCAGAAGAAGAAUCUGUUUUUCUUCUUUUCUUAGUUAAGAGUAUCUGCAUAGACACUUACAGCAAGGAAUUUACGUAAUGCCUUAGAUAGACAUGAAAUAAAAUUGUGUUUUCCCAGGCUGGAUCUCUAGUUUGUGUUUUGUUUUUCCCUUAGAUAACAUACAUAAGAUACCACUUUAUAAAGACGUCAAAUUGUACACUAUAUAAAUUCAUCAGGCUUAAAAUAAUUUUGAAAAAAAAAAUGCCCACUCUUAUCCUUAAUAUCUCAAAGAAAUCUGAUUGUCCAAGUGCUUCCAUAGUUCUAUUAAUAUAAAACAUAUUAAUAGAUAACCUGCUGUGUAAAAUUGUUAAGCCAUAUUUUAGGUGUUUUAAAAAAAUACUUAAUGUGUUUCAUUUGCUACAUAACUUCUAACAUUUCUGCUCUGUGGUGGGAAUUUAUCUAUAUGAGGUGAGAGACAAAGGAUGUUAGAGUAGCAAAACAAAUUUUUAUGAAUGAAUUAACUUUUAAUGGCAAUUGUAUGUGAAUAAAAUCAAACCAUUGUUA